AAUAAAUAAAUAAAUAUAAUCUCGUAGAACGAUCAUAAGAAUAAUUAUGGAAAAAGGAAGAAAGAAGAAUUUUCAAUGUUACGAAUAAACAGAAUAACGAAUAGCAUACGAAGUAAUUAAACGAGAAUCAUAAUUAAAGAAAUACACGAAGGUGGUAAAUCGAAGAAAGGGUAGUUACUAUAAGUUCAAAGGUACGUCGACCUAUUUAUGGUUUCGUGCACGUUCGUAUACUAGACUGCAGAAAUUCUAAAUACGUCCGCAACAAUCUAAUUGAAGCUAAACAAGCUAUAUGGAAAUAGCUCUCGCACACACAAUACCGCAGUGCACGGUAAUAUCUCGAAAAGAUCGGACACGUUCCAAUUGUCUCCCAUUAAAUUACAAAAUAAUAAUUCUCCGAUAUAAGUGCGUCGACAAUUAUCACGUAGUGGUCUAAUCGAAAAGCGAGAAAGAAAAAAAGAAAAGAAUAGAAAAAAAAAAAAAAAGAAAAAAAAACAGAAACAGAAAAAAGAAAGAUCGAUCAAUUUACAAUCAUCCUUGAAGUAUUUAUUUAACAAAGAACAAUUGAGAUUAAAAAAUACAUAAUUGAUAAGAAUUAUUAGUAAAAAAGAUAAUAACAAGUGUCUAAGUUAUAAUCAUCUGUUAAAACAAAUAAACACAUUGGGUGACCCAUCUAUGACACACGUUAUCUUAUGUGCUGAAAGUGACACCGAAUCGAGGAAGACUAAUCCUGAAAAUUCAAAAACGAAAAAGAAAAAGAAACGAAGAUACUUAACUAUUUGCACAAGUAAUUGCAAAUACGAAGUAGUUAGACGCGUAGCAGCACGAUUUGGUAUGAAGGAAGUGACAGAAGACAGUAGUUGGAAUCUUUAUUGGACCGAUCUCAGUAUCAGUAUUGAACGUGCUAAGGAUAUGAAAAGAUAUCAAAAGGUCAAUCAUUUUCCUGGUAUGACGGAAAUAUGUCGUAAGGAUUUACUUGCCAGAAAUCUUAAUCGCAUGUUGAAACUCUUUCCGAAGGAUUAUAAUUUUUUUCCUAAAACUUGGUGCUUUCCUGCUGACCAUGGCGAUGCCAUUGCCUAUUCGAAAAUACGUCGGGCAAAGACAUAUAUAAUUAAACCGGAUACUGGUUGUCAAGGACGUGGAAUUUACUUGACCAAAAAUUUAAAGGACAUUAAACCAAGCGAACGCAUGAUCUGCCAAGUCUACAUUUCCAAGCCAUAUUUGAUAGACGGAUAUAAAUUCGAUUUACGUAUCUAUACAUUGAUAACAUCAUGCGAUCCUCUUCGAAUAUAUGUUUACAAUGAUGGUCUGGCAAGAUUUGCUACGAGUAGAUACAAGGAACCAACAGGUCACAAUACAUCAAACGUUUUUAUGCACUUAACUAAUUAUGCUGUUAACAAACACAGCCGUAUGUACAUUGUUGACGAAGAGAUAGGUAGCAAAAGGUCAAUAAUCAUAUCAAAGAUCUCGACUUUGUUGAAAUGGUUAAGAGUUAAUAAUAUCAACGUUGACGAACUAUGGAAUAAAAUUGAUGAGAUUAUUAUAAAAACUAUAUUAGCAGCUCAACCUGUUUUAAAACAUAGUUAUCGUACGUGUUUUUCAACACACGAUAGAACAAACGCCUGCUUCGAACUUUUAGGAUUCGACAUUUUACUCGAUUGGAAAUUAAGACCAUACCUAUUGGAAGUCAAUCAUUCGCCGAGUUUUCAUACGGACGCACAAAUCGACAAGGACGUUAAGGAGUCACUUUUGAACGACACCUUCGAAAUGUUGAAUCUUCAACAGUGCGACAAAAAGAAGAUCAUAGAGGAGGAUAGAAGACGCGUUAGGGAUAGAUUGCUUCAAGGUGUGAUCUUGAAAGAUUUUAGUUCGAACAACGAUAAUACGAUGAUCGGUUUAUUGAAGUCAGAAAAAAACGAACAGGAUUAUAUAGAGAGACAAUUUAAAUGGGAGGAUGAUCAUGUCGGUAAUUUUCGUCGAAUAUAUCCGUCCAUUGGCGACGAUAAAUAUCAACAAUUUUUUAAACAAAAUGGCACAACAGUGUUCCAAGAGACCGCGGCUUCACGUGCACGCGAGGAAGCAUCUAAGGUUCAUAAAGAGGAGAACGAAAUUAAAAUAAAAGAACAGGAGAAUAAAAGGACCAAUGGCAAGUCGUACGAACAGAAACCAAUUCCAGAAAGUCCGAAUGUCCGACAAAAAAAUAAUAACAAUAAACGUUUGGAAAAUAAAUCUUUCACAUAUUUCAAAAAUAUUAUACCGCAAAGGCCAUUGCCAAAAAAUUCGAACAAAGUAUUGUCCUCAUUUGAACCAGAGAUAAUAUCAGAAUCCGAGGAAAGAGAAAGGAUAACUGCAUUGGCCCAACGUGAUUUUCUUUUACGAAGUUAUGGCAUAUUAGAACAGAUUUAUAUGGCCAUGAAACAGAACGGUACGCUUAGGGACAAGGACGUCAAAAAAUAUGGCGUAUAUGGAAGAUUGGCAUUGAAAAAUGAAAAAAAUUUAUUCCCUCAAAAAGUUCAUCGUUCGGCUUGUCAAGAGGCAAUGUUAAAUCAUCAUAAUCAUCAUAAUUGUCAUGAACGUCGAUUGAAUCAUUGUUCGUAACGAUUUCGUCCAAACGAAUAAUGGAAAAAAAUAAAUAAAUAAAUAAAUAAAUAAAUAAAAGGAAUGAAAAAGAGAGAAAAAAGAAAAAAAAGAAGAAGACUAAAAUAAUAAUUAAUUAAUUGAUUCAUUGAUUGAU